UUGACAGCGCUAAGCAGGAAUGGCGGCUAUGGUCAGCAGAGGAAGGAACCAAAAGAGCCCGAAACUUUACUUCUAACGGCCCUGCUGAGGAUUUUUAUCUUUGGCGAAACGCACGAGCCCCUCUCUUGUAGCUGUCGAAAGGGCGGUAACGUGCUUUGACGUGAGAUACUUGAGGUCGACUUGCUUGUUAGCCCUCAUCGUUAGUGGCCGCCGAUUUAGAUUGAAGGUAGCUGCUAGCUCGCUCGCACCACUAGCCAGCUGUUGGCUCCUUGGCUUGGCUGGCCCAACAAGUUAACUAAGUGAAUAACUGUAUUAAAACGCUCGUUAUUUAUCGAUAAAUGGUGAUCGCCUUUCCUUAUCAACAGCUAGUGUUUGGCGACUCUAGAGAGAGUGGUGCUCACAGGACACAAACUUGUCAUUGCGACUUGAGAACAUAAUUAGUGCUAAUCUUGACGCUAGCUCCAAAGCUAGCUAAGUUGUGAUCCUGAAGUAUCGCCCAUUUUCGAUCCUGCCCCAGCUACUGACUCGGUGGGGCUAAUCAACAGCCCGCUGUCUGCUUUCAAGGGGGCAUAAGCAGUACGAUGGAAAGUCUAACAUUAAGCGAUGUCGAGCAGAAAUAUUACUCGGAUUUGUUCGUUUACUGCGACACGGACAACACCAAAAAAGUGGCUUCUUAUGGGAGAGUUCUUGACCUUUUCCGGGCGGCCCAGCUACCUAGCGAAGUUGUCCUACAGAUCACAGAGCUGUGCGGAGCCACUCGACUGGGUCAUUUUGGCCGCAGCCAAUUCUACAUUGCUCUGAAGCUCAUUGCCAUCGCCCAGUCUGGCCUGCCUCUCAGAGUGGAAAGUCUCAACUCAGUCAAGGACCUUCCGCUACCCAGGUUUGUGGUGGGGAAGAACGAGGCGGAAGCGAGACAUGUUGCGCUGUACCAAGACCCUGACAGCCAGGGGUUGUACCCUGCCUCUGCCACUGCAUUAAUACCCAGACCUCCAGGCAGGGGUCACCAAAACAAGAAAGUCCCACCCUCAGCCAGCACCCAUCCUGUGCAUGAGACCAUUCAGCAGAUGGCACCCAGCAUAGAAACACAGCAGGCAGAACCGACAUCCCCUGUGGUCUCCCCUCACCAGUCCCCACCCGCCUCCCCCCCUUCGUGGAGGAAACACAAACGGCAGCACAGUGGCGGAAACGCAGAAAGACCACCAGUGGUGGCAACAACGGGAGCUGUGUGGACACAGUUCCGAGAUCCACAAACUGCUUCAGUAACAGGUGAUGGGAUAUGGUUGUCGCACUCACCCCCUCUGCCAGGACAGGAAAGUUGGGUCAGUUUCACAGCUGACACGCCACCAUCCAGCACGCUCCCGGCAGUGCACCCCUCGUCAGUGCAGGAGAGCACAACGGUACGAACAGUGGCCUCAGCAGCAGCGACCAAUGAGAUCCAGCGACAGUCCAGCGGUUAUGACGAUCCAUGGAAGAUAACAGACGAACAGAGACAGUAUUAUAUCAACCAGUUCAAAACCAUCCAGCCAGACCUUACUGGAUUCAUACCUGGCUCAGCAGCAAAAGAGUUCUUUACCAAAUCCAAACUACCCAUUUUAGAGUUGUCACACAUUUGGGAGCUUUCCGACUUUGACAAAGACGGAGCGCUAACUCUUGAUGAAUUCUGUGCUGCCUUCCACCUGGUGGUAGCCAGGAAGAACGGCUAUGACCUCCCAGAGAAGCUGCCGGAGAGCUUGAUGCCAAAGCUGAUUGACCUAGAUGACUCAGCAGAAGUCCCCGAACCGACAGCUGACGUCGGGUUCUCUGCCUCCCCCGCAGAGGUGACGCCCAACAAGUCUCCCUCCAUGCCUUCGCUCAACCAGGCCUGGCCGGAGAUGAACCAGACGAAUGAGCAAUGGGAGACGUUUAGCGAGCGCUCCUCCAGCUCACAAACUCUGACCCAAUUUGACUCUAACAUUGCACCAGCUGACCCUGACACAGCAAUUGUCCACCCAGUUCCCAUCCGGAUGACCCCCAGUAAGAUUCACAUGCAGGAGAUGGAGCUGAAGAGGACUGGCAGUGAACACAACCACCCAACCAGUCCACUGUUGACCAAACCCCCAGAAGUGUUAGAAGAAACCAAAGUACCUGCCACCAUGAAGUUUGUAUCCGCAAAAGCUGUAGGUGAUGGUUACAGCAGUUCUGACUCCUUUGCCUCAGACCAGGAGCCAACUGCAAGACAAAGGUCACAAUCGGGUGCAUCUCCCGAGGCUCUAAAAGUUGUGGCCCCGCCUCCUCCUCCGCCCCGCCCUCACCCCUCGCACUCCCGCUCCUCAUCUCUGGACAUGAACCGCACCUUUGCCGCCACCUCUGCCGCAGGACAGCAACCAUCCGCUGCCAUCGCUUUCCCGCCUGCCGUGCCUCCGCGACCGCUUCCCACACAGUCAUCAGCACCGCACACGGGCCAGCGCACCGAGGCUGAGGGUGCACCGGGAGCGGGGACCACUCUCUCCGCUACGUCUCCCCAGCAAAUCCCCCAGCAACCCAAUUUUGCAGACUUCAGUCAUUUUCAAGCCUUUGCUGCAUCUGAGCAGCCUUCCAGUCUGCCAGAAGCGGACAAGCACAGUGAUCCUGGACAGAGCGACAAGCCAUCAGAAGGAGCAGGGCCCUUGCGGACAGUCAAGAGUGACGGCCAGGCUGACGAAAGACCUUCCACCAUAGUUAACUCGACCAAGGGUUCGUCUGGCCCUUUAGCCCCUCCCCCUAAGCCUAUACGUCGGAGGUUGAAGUCUGAGGAUGAGUUGCGGCCCGAAGACGAGCAGCACGGGCCACAAAAGUCUAAUGUCAUAGCUGCGGUCCUGGCCACUCAGCCAUCCAUCCCCAGGUCAGUAGGGAAGGAUAAAAAGGCAAUACAAGCAUCAAUAAGAAGAAACAAGGAGACCAACACUGUGUUGGCACGACUAAACAGUGAACUGCAACAACAGUUGAAGGAUCUGCUGGAAGAGAGAAUAUCGUUGGAGGUUCAGUUGGAGCAGCUCAGACCUUUCUCUCAUCUUUAACCAACACCAAUGAGGUGCUUGUAGUUUCUCCAAAGUAAAGGCUGUGCCCUUGGCGGGACCCUGCCCCGAACCUCCCCUUAUGUUCACUCCCUCCCAUCCGCAGUGUGCACCAUGUUAAAACCCACCUUUUAUCUGGUGGGAAGAACCGGCAGCACAGUCUGGCUGUAGUGCGGGAGAAGAAAAGACAACAUGGCGGGGGUUGUAUUCUUCAAUGUGGCACUUUUUAAUGUCUAAAGAGAGAUGGCCGACAGCCUAGUGGGGAAGCAGUGUUGGACAUUUGGCUGCAGCUCUGAGUUCAGUCUGAAGACAACUGCUGAUGAAUGACUGCGUGUGUUUGUGUGUCAGAUUUUGUCUGUUUUUGUGUCUGACUGGACGGAAGCACCAGCGUUGUCAGCAACAAAACAAGACUACACCAAACUCUUUCAGUCAAAUCUGGUUGUUACACAAUGACGUCCUGUAAAAAAAAUGCACAAAACUGGACAGUUGCAAAUAAAUACUGUAGUAGGAUCACAUCUGAUCACAAUCAAUAAAAUAAAUUGUACUGGUUUCUUGCUUUUACCACUAAAGAGCCGAUCUUUGUCUGAUUUGAGUUUGGUGUGGUUAGACAUACAGGUCUGACGUGUGUGAGCGCUCUGGUCAUCCAAUCGCCUUCCUCUGCAUCAUUUACCGCCACCUAAAGUGUGUUUGUGUGUGUGUGUGUGUCUGAAUGGCCUCAAACUUAUGCCAAAUGACUGAAGUAUCACUCUGCUGUGUCACUUCUGUUUCCCUUCAUGCUUAUUUCCUCUCUAUCCAAAACAUCAGGAGCACCCUUUCUUUUAAGCCUCUUGAACGCAGCUUUAUGCUCCAAUCUCCUUUUAUGGAAAGAAAGUUUUUAAGUGUAUUCCAGCUACAGGAGACGGCACUUAUGAAGGACUGUGUUGCCCAUCAGUGCACACACACACACACACACCUGCACAGAUCCAGAGUUGAUAUUUUCCAAUCAUGCGUCAGGACUGUGGGCACUAUGCAAGUACGGGCGAUACAUCUCCACAGCUGGGCUAUAAAUAGUAGCAACUGUGUCUUUUUGCGUCUUCGAUCUUCCAGCUACACAAUCUGCUGUAUAUGCUUCAAGGGGGAAGCAGUUACACAUCAGUGUUUUUUCAGCCUAAAUUUGUUUGAAAUGAAUCUUAACACGACUAAAGACCGGUCACCAGAACCUGAAUGACCCGACUGCACUUUGAACCUCUUUUAUUGUCUUUCUUUUAAGCUGUUUAUUUAAAAAGGGGGCGGGAUGAACGACUCAACUGGAAAGAUUAAGGUCUUUGUGCCGUCCCAAAGUAGCCUCUCUGGUUUGGUUAAUUCCUCAUUUUUAUUAUUUCUGUCUGUUUGUGAAUGGCCUUACUCUUAACUCUUCCGGAGUUGAGGUUCCAUGGUGACUGACUGACCACCUCCUUGUUGCAUCAAGGCUCGCCUUCGUUUUGUGUCUUCUGUUGAGGAUGAUUAUGUACUUGGGCUCUGUCUCUGUAUGUACGUAUGUAUGGUUGUGUGUGUGUUACAGUGUUGCCAGGCCUGGAACUAACACCAUUUAAAAACCCACAUGGGCUGGAUAUUCCCGAUUUGUUUGCUCCCAAAUGGCAAUCCAGGCAGAAGCAAUCCAAACAAACAGGAAUCUUUGAUGGGAUUUUGAAUGCUAUUUGCUCCCAGAUUUGUGUUGUAUAUUGAAUAUGACACACCCUUUUUUUGGACUUGUGUAAAUUUGCGGUAAAUGCUGACUAACAGCAAAAUAAUAUUCUAUUUAAUUCCUUCUCUCUUGGCUGUGGGAUCCUAGAUGUUUAAACUGCAUGGAUGUACUGUAUCUCUGCAGAGUUGACUAGCAGCUGUGUGAUUUUUACACAAAAAUAAAAAUGGCACAAUAUUUUAACAA